AUGGCUCGCACCAAACGAAAAAUCCUUGCUGCUGCUGCUGCUGCCUCGCCGUCCUCUUCUUCAUCUGAAGAACUCCCUAUUGCUGCAUUAAAGAAGAAAUUGAAGGAAAAGAAGAAAAUACCAAAAACUGAAUCCACGAGCAUAUCCUCUAACCCAUCUAAGGAAGUCGAACCUGCUGUGACGGCACCAGACAAGAAAAAGGGAAGGAAAAUGCGUGGGAUUGAUAUUCAACGCAAAAAGGGUGCUGCAAAAUCAUCGGGCUCUGUUGUUGACAAAGCGCUUCUCGACUGUAAGUUCAUUAAAUGGGACAAUUUUGAUCAGGUUGAUUUUCAAUUUAAGGAACUCUUUGAAUUUCAAGAAUGGAUGAAUGUUUGUGAAUGCACUGAUAUUUACUACCCUAGACUAGUCCAAGAAUUCUAUAGAACUUUAAAAGUAAUUGAUGAAGAAGAUAGAUUUGAGGUUUUUUUGAAUGACAGAGUGUAUGAUAUUUCUGUUGAGUUGAUUGCUAAAGCCUUAAAAUUGCCGAAUGAUGGAAAUAGAAUCUCUGCUCAUAAAGAUGUUGCUAGAGUUUCAGGUUUUAAUUUGACUGAAUUUGAAAGUGAAGUUUUUCCUACCAACACUGUCACUAGUGAAAAAUCCACUAGCACUAAAGCAUUUCAUCACAUUAAGAUUAUUCACAGUAUGGUGAAUUAUAUAUUUUGUCCUAAAUCUGGCAGCUAUGGAUAUUUGAGUUACUUGGAUAUGUGCAUCAUGUGGCAUAUUGUUAACAGAGUAAGAAUGAAUUUGGCAUAUCUGAUUUUCAAGAAUAUGUGUAAAGCUUAUGGGAUUGGUAAAUUACCCUAUGCACACCUCUUAAUUGCCUUGUUUAGAGAAUUGGAGAUAAAUGUCUCUAAGGAGAGUUCUAGGGCAGAUUUAAUUGUGCUAAGAGAAAUUCAUUCUAAUACUAAUGGAAGAAAGAAACGUUUUGAAAAAAGUGGAUCUUUUAAAGCUAAAGUUGAUUCAGAUUCGCCAAGUGAGAUUAUGAGUGAGCUUCAAGGGCUAAGAGCUUUCAUUAAUGAGAAAUUCAGUACAACAAAUCAGUAUAUUGAACUUUUGAGAAAAUUUGUGGAUAUUCUUGAUUACAAAGCACAGGAAACUAAUUUUGCAACCAAAGUUGAGACUGAUGUGCCUGCAGGUGACCCUUCUACUCAUGAUGCUCAUGUUUUUAAUCAUGGUAAUGUUGAGUGUGAAGGUACUGGGCUUGGUGAGUCUACUGCUGCUGUAGAACAUGAAAGGGAACAGGUUGUAGAACCUGCAGUUGAACCUGUUGUUGAGCAUGUUAGUGAACAGGUUGUAGAACCUGUAGUUGAGCCUGCUGUUGAACUUGAGAGUGAACAACUUGUAGAACCUGUAGUUGAGUCUACACAGAAGAAGGAAGACUCUCUAAAGGAUCAGCAGGAGAGUGCUCCACCUAAACCUUCUGCAGCUGAAGCUUCUCAGGCUAAGAAGGGUAAGAAAAGAGUUAAGUCUACGGUGUCCAACCCAUACCAGACUCUGGUUGCUACCCUUCAAACCCCAUCUGAUGAGGAUGAGCCACAGGAGCAUGAGCCUUUGGCUGACCAAGUUUCUCAGCCACCUGCUGCUAAACCCUCCAGGAAGAAGAUGGUGCCUUCCAAAGCUAUUCGAAGGAGCAAAAGACUUAAUGUUUAG